AUGAAAAUUUUUGGAAUAUUUGCUUCUGCUGCCUUUGCUGCCGACAUUUGCUAUGACGAUGUUGGUUGCUUCACCGAUGAUCCUCCCUUCUCCAUGUUUGGCUAUCGGCCACGACGGCUGCCCAAGCAACCUGAAGAUGUUCUCAAUGGAAUGUGGCUGACGAAUAGGUUCCAUCAAAAGCCCACCUGGCUUCCGUGGAAAAACGUUGAGCAACGCUACUUCGACCUUACCAAACCAGUUGUUGUCAUGACGCACGGAUGGAAUGACGAGUGGCAUUCGGAACACUGGCUCACUGAGGCUCAAAAGUUAUUCUUGGCCUAUGAAGACGUGAAUUUCGUUGGAGUCGAGUGGGCCAAAGCCGGUCAAAACAUCGACUACUUUCAAAGCGCCGCGGAUACGCAGACCGUUGGACGCAUGAUCGCCAAGAUGCUCUCACAACUCGAUAUGCCAGCAUCUUCCUUCCACUGCAUUGGUCACUCCUUGGGCGCACACGUGUGCUCGAAUGCCGGAAAAUUCCUUAAAAGCGAGUUCGAACUUACCAUGGGCCGUAUCACUGGAAUGGAUCCAGCUGGGCCAGCGUUUCAAAAAACCACAAAGGCUGUUCGUCUCGACUCGUCGGAUGCCGAAUUUGUCGAUGUUAUCCACACAAAUGGCGGCGACGAGGAUCAGGGUUUCCUGGGCAUGAGCUAUUCUGUCGGACACGCUGAUUUUUACCCCAAUGGCGGCGUUCAUCAACCUGGCUGCUGGGAUAUCAAUUUCAUCUGUUCGCACGGAGAGGCGCCGUGGAUGUUCGUGGAUUCGAUCAGAGGACAUGGCUGCGAAUUCAACACGUGCGACGAAAACGCUUCAAUCACAGAUCUCAGCUGUCGCCUGAAUAAAAACUCGAUGGGAUGGAAUGCUCACAAGCCAACUAUCAAACACGAUUAUUUCGGAACAACUGGAAGGGAAGCACCUUACUGUUAA